UGUGAUGAAUUAAAAGAUUGUGAGUCGAACGAAAAGUGUUGUGGGAAUUGAAACUAACGAUAAACUGGAUCAACAAAAAAAAAAAUCAACGGUUUUAUGUUAUUUCGUCAUCAAAAGCCAUUCAUUUUAGUGUACUGUCAUCGGUCAUCGAAGUGAUUCAUUCCGUUUAUAAAUUUAGAAUUUGAUGGUGGAUAAAUAGUUUGAAUAGCCAUACGUGGUGGUCGAAAUGUUAAACAGUUAUUUUGUAAUGUAUACACACAUUUGUGGUGCGUACCAUGUUUAACGUGUACUAAUGAUGGAUCGUGCGGCGACCAAUUAUUAAGUAUUGAACUUGAUGCAGCGCUACUGUCAUGCCAACUAAAUCGAAUCCAAUCGAAACAUCGGGCAAACACAGUCAUUCAAUGUCACGUAAAUUUGUAUCAAUGUCGCCAGCGCGUGGAGGUGUACCGCGCUCAAAAAGUAUGAAUGGAUUGAGUCGCAUUGAUGCAAAUAAAAUCAAUGAAAAAGGUCGCACAACAAAUCACAGCACAGGCCGUACGGUACAACGGCAACGUGAAAUCAGCUCGUCGGAAAAUGGUAGUCCUAAUUUCCACAAUAACGGACUCUCAAAUGGACGCAGCAGAGAUGCUGAAUCUCUUGAAAAUAUUGCAAUGCGGUCAUCCGAUAGUGCUCCAUCGACACCUGAAGACAAUAUAAAUGUGGUUGUUAGAGUGCGACCUCUUAAUGAAAAAGAACGGAGAGGAUUGGAUUCUCAAGUUGUUUCGUUUCCGGGGAAUGGCCAAAUUUUGUGUGAAGGUAUACCUGGUGGUCCUGGUGGUGGUCAAAAGCCGAAACUUUUCGGUUACAAUGUCGUUUUUGAACCGGGUGCUACACAAACCGAUGUGUUGGAAUAUUCGGGCAUAAAACGAAUUAUCGAAAUGGCAAUCGAAGGAUUUAGUUGUACAUGUUUUUGUUAUGGACAGACAGGGAGUGGGAAAACUCAUACACUUACAGGCCCACCAGAUUUGUUUAUCGGAAUGGGAAAACCAGAGCCAACUGAUAAUCGGCAUGGUUUAGUUUUUCGUGCGUUUUUAUAUCUUUUUCAAUUACUACAAGAACGGAAGGACACCAAUUUCGUGUUGAAGGCAUCAUUUUUGGAGAUCUACAAUGAAAAAGUCAUAGAUCUGCUUAAUCCAGGGUCAGCACGAAAGCCGCUAGCUGUGCGAUGGUCAAAAAAGUCACGUGGCUUUUUCGUGGAAAACUUAUUUACCGUUGACUGUGAGGAAUUAGAUGAUCUACUGGCCGUUCUCGAAGAAGGAAUGCGAAACCGAUCAGUGGGUAGCCAUCGUAUGAAUGAUUACUCAUCCCGAUCACAUACCAUCUUAACUGUUCAUAUAACUUCCGAACUGCAAGCUGAGGGCAGUGUGUUCAUAUCGAAACAAGGAAAAGUCAAUUUUGUCGAUUUGGCUGGCAGCGAAAUGACGAAGAAGACGAAUAGCGAGGGUAAAACGCUGGAGGAAGCCAAUAAUAUCAAUAAAAGUCUGAUGGUGCUGGGGUAUUGCAUCGCAUCGCUAAGUGAUACAAAAAAGCGUUCCGGACACAUACCAUAUCGUGACAGUAAAUUAACUAAAUUGCUAGCGGACAGUCUUGCAGGAAAUGGAGUUACAUUAAUGAUUGCGUGUGUAUCACCGGCCAGAUCGAACAUAUCAGAAACAUUAAAUACUUUGCGGUACGCAGCUCGAGCCAAAAAAAUUCGAACAAAACCUGUGGUGGUGAUGGAUCCACGAGAAGCACUAAUUCUCAGUUUAAAACGCGAAGUGGCCGCCCUCAAAGCUGAAAAUGAGCAUCUCAAGAGUGCACUACAUUUGCAUUCAAACAUUUUGGAGAAUGCAGCCGCCGAGAUAAAUCAUGAGCGUAAGGAGAUUCCAGUUGCGCCAAAAGUUGAUUUGGAACGCAUGACCGAAUUGGAGGUCAACGAAAUCAUCGAAUUGGUAAAGCUUUACAUUGCGGAAAAUGAAGCGUUACGCACAGAAAAUUCCGAACUAUUCAAUUCACGCGACAUGAUUUUACGCGAUCAAGAAAUUGUAUGCAGGGAAAAUGAGCGAUUACUCAAGAAAUUGGAAGAUGUCAAUUCGGUGUGUUGUCGUUCUCCAAUUAUCCCCGCUAGGCCGACAUUCUCAGCGGAAAUGCUGAAUAUGACACUUGGCAAUGAUUUGGGUGAUUCAAAUAUUUGGACAAAUCCGUUGGCAACGAACAAUCAUAGCGCAAGUUUGGACAAUAUUUCGCAACGCGCUGUCGACUCAUUGGAUGGACGUGUUUCAUCGAAAGAGAGUCGGAUACCGGAAUCGAUACAAAAAGAACUUGACAAACGACGCAUUGGAGACAGCAUACAAAAUAUUGCAAACACUCUACGGAGGCAUAAUUCAUGGGACACUCAACCAAAUACGGCAAAUAGAUUAACUCCAAAAGGAUCUGCUGACAAUGCUGCCAAAUUAGCUACCACUCCGAAGCUUGUUGACAUGAUCAGGUAGUUGGGAAAACUAUGAGAAAAACUCCGCAAGAUGAACUUAAUAGUGAACAAUUUCAGGGAAUAUCGCUUCUUAACAUUUAGUAAUACGUCGAAAAUGCAGCUGAAAGGAAUCAAUAAAUGGACUUUAAUCCCAUAGAGUAUUUUAAAUUUUCUACAAUUCAAACGAAAAUCGAAUCAUUUGUCGAUUGAACUAACCAUGUGGUGUUUACAACAACAAUUUGCCUAUGCACACUUUAACUUUUCAAUAAAUCACAUGGAUUAGGUGGAUGGUCGAAGCAUUUGACUGUCAACUCUAUUGGUGAGACGUUAUAGAACGUAGUUUGGUUCGUAGCAAUAAAGGUAUGUAUGUUUCAUGGGAAACAAAAACUAAAUGUUCAUGUUCUUCGAAUGGAAGAAUUUGCAGAAAAUGCAUACGCAGUCAUGUUUCGAGCGAGAAGAAGACGUAAUGGACUUCAAUAUUUGCACAUUUUUGGCAACAUUCUUUUUUGACAAUAUAGAUGCGUUACAAAUUACCCACUUUCCCACCUUCUUCUAGCAUCAACUGAAUAAAUAGACGAAACAUACACUCCUUCUUUUGCAAAUGCUUCCAUUUGAAAUACAUGUAGGUGUAUGCACCUUCUUGUUCAGUUGCCAUGAAAAAUGCUUCCUUCUUGGUCAAACAAAACCGACUUUCAUUUCCAAAUAUUUCUAUUGAAGGAAAAUAGACAACGUUCGUUUACGUCUCGUCCAUAAGACUGAUAGUUUACGGUGGAAAUUUGUCUUUGUUUUUGAAGAAAUGUUUGUGAAUUUAAAUGCAUAUCAUUCUAAUGGACAGUGGGUUCUGAUGUGUUCAAUACACAACAAAUGAAAAGUUGAAUGCUA